AUGAAGAUGUCGCACAAUUGCCUUUUGGAAAAGGUCAAGCAGGAUUUGAGGCAUGUGGAGAGAGAGAUAAAGAGGCAGAUGGAGCUGCUGGGGCAGUACCUGCAGCAGCUCCACAAGUUGCUCCCUGUGCCCUCCCCAUGCAGCCCGGUGCUGUGCUCCUGCUGCUCGCGCCAGCGCGAUCCUCGCCCCUGGGAGAGAGGGUCCCUCACAGCAAGGCUGGACAUGGAGCGAGAACUGAGCAGAAUGCGAAGAAGUCUUAACGGGAUGUCAAACUCUUCCCAUGAUCACAAGUUUUUGGCUUUGAUGGAUGUGAAGGAUUUUGACUCCAAGGAAGUCACUGUAACAGUAAGAGAUGGGAAGGUGAAGGUGUUAGCGGAGCACAAGGAGGAACGCACCACUGCAAGAGCAAAGGAGUAUAACUACAGAAGCAUCACAAAGGAAAUCAGCCUGCCGCCAGGGGUGAGGGAGGACGAGGUAACCUACUCACUGGGACCCAAUGGCACUGUGAAGAUCGCAGCGGCACACAAGCGCUGCCCUUAUCUCCUGAGCUGCUGA